CAGAGUAGACUGGCCACCAGAGAGUGCAAACAAAGACGUCAGAGUUCCCUUGUUGAGUAUUUCUUUCAUUUCCCCUCAGAGAAUCAGAUAAAGCAACAGUCCCUGCUGCCACAAUGAGCUGCAGCCCGGAGAGGAUCUCGUCCUACCGCCGUCACUUUGAGGACAGCAGCACUUUUUCACAGCAGGUCAGGGUGUCCAGUCCAUCCCCCACCAGGAGAGAGACCCGCCGUGCCUCCAGUGGCUACUCCUGCCGACCUGGAGCUGGAGGACUCCGUUAUGAGUCAGCCGGGAGAAGGACCGUCUCGGCUGCACGCAGGUCUCGCAUGGUUGGAGGAGGUGUGGGAGCUGGAGCCUUGGUGUGUGUAGGCCCUGGUGGGGAGACUGCCAUAGACCUGGAUGUGGCUUCAGCUGAGAACCAUGAGUUCCUCAACACCCGCACAAGUGAAAGAAAGGAGAUGAUCGUCCUCAAUGACAGACUGGCUGUAUACAUAGAAAAGGUUCGAUCACUGGAGCAACAAAACAAGCUGCUGGAGGCCGAGAUUGAGGCCUACCAGAACCGCUUUCAAAAGCCAUCAGGUCUGCGCCUUCUGUAUGAAGAACAGCUGAGGGAGCUGCAAAGGAUUGCUGAGCAAAUGAGAUUUCAGCGAGACAUUUCCUUGGCAGCUAAGGAGUCUGCAGCUGGUCAACUCGAGGCAAUGAAAAUCAAGUAUGAGGAGGCAGUGGAGCUGAGGAAGAAAGCUGAGCUAGAAAUAGAAAGCUUCCGUCCAGAUGUUGACCACGCCACCUCCUCGCGCAUUGCUUUGGAGAAGAAGCUGGAGCAACUGGAAGUUGAAAUUGAAUUCCUGAAACGGGUGCAUCAACAGGAAAUUGAUGAGCUCAUGAAACAGAUCUAUGCGGCUCAUGCCAUGGUUGAGAGUACGUACACUCUGCCUGACUUGGCGGCUGCAAUGAAACAAAUCCAAAACCAGUACGAUGAUAUUGCAGCCAAAAAUCUCCAGGAAAUGGACUCGUGGUAUAAGAACAAGUUUGAAGAUAUGACCAAGAAAACGUCUGGGCAUGUGGAUAGGCUUCGAAGCUUCAGGGAAGGAAUAACAGGUGCCAAGAAGGAUAUCCAAAACAAAGAAAGUGACUUGGAUGCCUUGAGAACCAAGAAUGAGGCACUAGAGGCUAAAAUCCGUGAGAUGCAAGAGAAGUACAGAAAGGAACUGGAAGCCCUGCAGGCGCGGAUUGAAGCCCUGCAGCUUGAGCUAAAAUCCACAAAAGAGAAAAUUGCGCUUCACCUGCGUGAAUACCAAGACCUCCUGAAUAUUAAGAUGGCUCUGGAGAUUGAGAUCACAACAUACAGAAAAUUGAUCGAGGGAGAAGACCUGCGACUGUCUGGAAUGAUGCAAACUCUGUCUCUUACCACCUGUUCCAUGAGCGCCAUUGGUGGAGGGAUGAGCUUUGGAGGAGGAAGCCAGGGAGGAAUGGGUGGUGGACUGAUAGGUGGCAGUGGUACUGGAGCUGGAGGCAUGGGGAGUGGAGGAAUGGGUGGGGGCAUGAUUUCAGGCAGUUCUGCUGGGGGUGUGGGUGGAAGAAUGGGUGCUGGAGGUCCUGCUGGUAGGUCAGUUGGAAAGGACGUAAUUGGUAGUCAUGGAUUGGGAACAGGGGGUGUAGGUGGAGAAAUAGGAGCCAGUGUUGGUGGUGUGGGUAUGGUUGGUGGUAGUGGAGUGGGUGCUGGAGGAAUUAUUGGAGGGCAGGGUACUGGACCUGGAGGUGUGGGUUUGGGUCCCGGAGGAAUUAGUGGUGUUGGCACUGGUGGACUAGGUGCUGGUAGCGCUGGUUCUGGUGUUGGAGGGCAAGGUACUGGACCUGGAGGUGCAGGUUUUGGUGCAGGGGGAAUUAGUGGUGUUGGCACUGGUGGACUGGGUGCUGGUUCUGGUGUUGGAGGGCAGGGUGCUGGACUUGGAGGUGCAGGUUUUGGUGCCGGAGGAAUUAGUGGUGUUGGCACUGGUGGACUGGGUGCUGGAAGUGCUGGUGUUGGAGGGCAGGGUACUGGACCUGGAGGUGCAGGUUUUGGUGCCGGGGGAAUGGGAACAGGUGUUGGGGGAUCCUUCGGUGCUGGAGGCGACAUGGGGCUCAGUGGAGGAACUAUUGGAGGCAAAAACCAUGGAGUGGGCAGUGGCAUCUUAGGUGGCGGAGGAACUGAGGGUGUUGGUGGGGAUGUUGCAUUAUCCGGACUUGGUGGGAAGGGGAAAAUUGCUGGAGGAGUGGGUGACACUAGUAAUGCCGGGAUGAGAUACGGAUCAGACAUAUAUGACGGCAACCUGGAGGCCUACGGCGAUCAGGCUGUGGAGCUGACGGAGAGACGAACGGUGCUGAUUAGAACCGUCAAAAAGGAGGGUGAUGUGGUGGAGACGGACCACCAGGAACAAAAUUACACCAUUAGUGGUGCAGCCGAUGAAUCUGAAGAAGAGUGAACAGCACAAAUUCCCAAGUGACCUCCUCUCAGUCUAAAACCUCCACGCCCCUCUGAGCUUUGCACUGACCAAACGCCUUGUCUGGGCACUGACCUUCAACCUUUGAUCUGGACAAGAAGACCAUGAAUAACCCUUUACUACAGAGUUAAACCUUGCAUCUCAAUAUGCCUAUACUGCUCAUGGUGUCUACACGUUUAUGUGCCAUGCCCUGUUUUCUCACUGCAAAUAAAGCUAUCAGCAUUCA